AGUGCAUUUGUCGUUUUGUGAACGCAGCCCGUGUAAGUGUAGGCCGCCCCGCAUCCUGUAUGAGCCCUUUUUCUUUUGUGCGGAUCUUCCGGUAGUGAGUGACGAUAACGACGUAAAGGACUAUUUUAAACUAGCAAAAUGUUCGAAAAACGAUUUAAACGGCCGAGUGUAGCGAAUGGAGACGGUUUAAUAUUGUACUGCAACCAAUAUAGCUACUACUGUCUCAAGGUUCUACAGGCUCUGCACGAGAAAGGGAUCCGGUUCACCAAGUAUGAUAUCGAUGUAACGAAUGAUGAACACUUUUCCGAAUGGUUUCUCGAGCUGAAUCCGCGUGCCGAGUUACCGGUGUUGCAGAAUGGUUUAUUGAUCGUGCCUGGCUCUACCCGCAUACUGGACUAUCUGGAGGAAAACUAUCCCAAAAGUGAGUUCGGAAAGAAGGUUUACACCUCUAACAUCAACAUUAAUGAUGAUCGCUCUAUAAUUCUAGACAAACCCCUCCGGAUGCCAAUCGGAACGGAUAAACUGAUUGUUGGGUUUCGGCAGACGAUCGAAAGCUUACCGAUCGGUGUAAUAACGAUCGGAUCGUUUCUUCAUCCCCAGCACGUGGGCAGUCCCAAGUUUCCGUUCGUGUUGCCCGUACGUCAAACGAUCCUUGCCCGGGAGGAAACGCUUGCCCAGCGGCUACGUGCGUACGCAACCGAGUAUCCGGCCUUUGCGGAGGUACUGCUCAAAAAGGCUGAUUUCCACGACCGUAAACGGAGCAUCAUUGCGAGUGAAGAAUACUUCUGCAAGCUUUUGGUAGCGUUGGACGACUUUCUGACCAGCGUGGAACAAUAUCUAACCACGAUCGACAUCGAACGGUGUUGGCUAACCGGCACGGAUACGUUCACACUGGUCGACAUCGGUCUCGGUACGUUGCUGCACCGGUUGUACGUACUCGGACUGGAAGAUCGUUUCUGGGGUGAAGGGAAAAGGCCCCACAUUGGGCGGUUCUUUACCAAAGUUUGUCAGCGCGAAUCGUUCCAAAGUGUGCUCCCGUCGAAGGUGUCGAUUUUGCGUACGGUGUGGAUCAAUACGCCACCGGUUUAUAAGGCCGGACUGGCCGCUGUCUCAUCCGUGUUAAUUAGUUCUACUCUUUUGAAGCGAUAAUAUUUGCUUGGGCGAGUGAGUGGGCAUUUUUUUCACAGUGGUGAGCUUUUCAGCGUGUUCCUAGCCUACAACAUUUUGUGUUUGUUCCGACAAAACAUAAGGAAAACCUUUGUACUUACUUGAAAAUUAUUAUUCUUUAUGUGUAUCUACCAUCAUCUUUUUAUCGUACCAGAGUGUUACUAUCCUUCUUUUUCGUUCGUAUAAAUCCCUGAGCAUUUGAGACAAAAUCGUUUAAAAAACGGCAUUUUCAU